AUGGUCUAUCUUCCCCCUCCCCAUCUCGCCUCAGCAUCCCGACCAUCCUAUGCCGAGGCAUACGCAAAGGUCCUCGCGACUCAUCGUCGCUCACCCACCACCUCGGCCUCGUCCGUUAUCAUGCUUGUCGCUCCCGACGUCGACGCCCUCUGUGCGGCCCACAUGCUGGCAGACCUAUUCAAGCAGGACGACGUCAUGUACCGCAUCAUACCAGUCUCUGGACAUGCUGAACUCGAACGCGUAAAGAAGGAGCUGGAGGCGUAUCUAGACCUGCACAGCUUGAUCCUCCUGAACAUGGGCGCCAUCCUCGAUCUGCCCUCGGAUAUGUGGUUCGGCGAGUUCAAUAAACAAGUCUCAGUGCAUGUCAUCGACUCCUUCCGGCCGCAGAAUUUGUCCAGUAUCUUUGGAGGUGGCGAGAAUGGGGAGCGGAUAGUGGUGUGGGACGACGGCGGAGCAGAGAAUCUACAAGAAGAGCGGAAGGCCUGGGAAGCUCUCAUGUAUGAACCCGAACCAGACUCAGACGAGGAUAGCUCAGAUUCGGAAGACGAGGCAGAGGAAGAGCUUGAGUAUGAAGAUGGCAGCCCUUCCGGCAAGAGGAAAUCACUUGGAGAACAGACAUCGCCCAGAGCCCCCAAGAGGCGGAAGAUGCACUCGGAGGAACGCGUCCAACACGAAGCGCGAAUAGAAAAACACUACGCAUCUGGUACAUGGCAUGGCCAGAGCGCAUCAGGGACGAUGUACAUUCUCGCUACCGUCCUUGAGCGUGUAGACAACGACCUGCUCUGGCUCGCGAUAUUGGGCCUCACCUUCCAGUACACUACCUCUCGCAUCUCACGCGAUGACUAUGACAAGUACCACUCAAUAUACUACGACGAGGUCGCGCGACUUAACCCCCCGCCGCCGGCCUCCGCACUGAAAGACCACGAUUUCAAAUCCCAGCACCCGGAUGACACGUCGGUGUACGCCGCAGACGAGCUGCGGUUCCUGCUCUUCCGGCACUGGAACCUCUACGACGCGAUGUACCAUUCCAGCUAUGUCGCGGGGAAGCUCGGCAUUUGGAGGGACCGCGGCAGGAAGCGGUUGACCGGACUGCUUGCGAAGAUGGGGUUCUCCAUUCCAGAAACACAGCAGCCAUAUCCCCACAUGGCGAAGGACCUGAAGCUCUCGCUACGGAACAAGCUCGACCAGAUCGCGCCGGAAUAUGGGCUCGUCGAGUUGUCCUAUCCAUCGUUCGCGCGGUGCUUCGGGUACCGCUGCCAGCCCUUAUCUGCCUCAGAUGCCGUCGAGGCUGUCUCUGCGCUGCUGGACGUGGCCAGCGGGGUGCGCAUGGAGAUCGAGGUCGAGGGCGCGCGUAAUGGCGGAGAGUGGUUUGGCGGCGGGCGGCUCUGGGAGGGAGGCAAGGAGAGAAGACGCAACGAUGAGCGGGAGAACGUGCCGCCCGGCGCGAUGGUGAGCAUGUCGAAGACGAAGAGCGCCGCGGGCGAUGCUGCAGACGACGCGGGCGAGGACGUGGACGACGCUGCGCCUCAGUGGCUGGUCAGGAAUUUCUGGACAGCGUACGAUGCGUUGAAUGACAUCGUUCGUCUGCGCGAAGCACUGCCGCUUUCCAUGUCCCUCCACCGCGCCAUCAUCCGCCAGGGCUCGUCAAUCAUCGACAAGCACGACAUUCGCUCUCUGCGCGGGCACCGCGUAGUCGUGUUGACACAGGGCCCAGACCUUGCGCUCUUCGCGCACCCCGGCGUCCUGCAGCGCCUGGCGCUGUGGCUGGUCGAGGCGCUCCGCGACAAGCUGCCGGGCACGACCCUCGCGCACUCGCGCAGCAAGCGCAAGGGUCUGCCGCUCGUACUCGCGUGCCUGAACGAGAAGUCGGGGACGUAUAUCGUCGUCGGCGUUAUGGGCGCGUUGGACUUUGGCGAGAUCCGCAAGAACGAGUUCGGCCUUGCGUUCUUGGACGCGAAAGAUCGCUGUAAUGCGCGCACCCGCCAUGGGUCAUUUGACACGAGUGUCUUGGAGAUCAACAAGGAUGAUCUGAAGGUCUUUCUCGAGACUCUCUGUGAAGGGCCCAGAGAGAGAUACUGA